GUGCAAAAGCAAAGAUAACAAACAAGAUUUUGUGUCUUGAAUCUUAUAUUCUUACUGUCCGACUAUCCCAAAUCCCCGCUCCUCCCUUGCCACUACCACCACCGUCGGCCAGCUUCCACCACCGCCAUAUCCUCCGGCUAACCAUCGAAUGUCUUCCACUCUGCUUCCAUUCAAAACUCACCACCUCUCUCACUCCCUUCACCCCCAAUUCCGGAAACGCUCCUUCGUAUCGUUACCUCCGCCACCGCCUCUGUUCCCACCCAGAGGUCCACAGCUUUUACACAGAAAUGGCGUUUUGGCACGUGCAGAAGAUAAAGCACGUGAAGGAGGAGGAAACCCAUCAUCGAUUCAACAACAGCCGAAACCCAAUUCGGAUAAGCAGUUUCAGGAUGUAACAUCAUCGGGAUCUUGUGAUCCUUUAUGUUCAGUCGAUGAAACAAGUUCUCAAGAAUAUGAAGCUACUUACCAGCCAAAAACCGAUUUAUUAAAAGCUCUUGCAGUAUUCGGAGCAGCUGCCACAGGAGCAGUCGCCAUUAAUCAUUCAUGGGUCGCUGAAAACCAGGAUCUUGCAAUGGCGUUGUUGUUUGGAUUAGGGUAUGCUGGCAUAAUCUUUGAAGAAUCACUCGCUUUUAAUAAAAGUGGAGUUGGUUUACUAAUGGCAGUUAGCUUGUGGGUCAUUCGAAGCAUUGGAGCCCCUUCAACUGACAUAGCUGUAGCAGAAUUAACACACGCAUCAGCAGAAGUGAGUGAAAUAGUAUUUUUCUUACUUGGUGCAAUGACAAUUGUGGAGAUAAUUGAUGCGCAUCAAGGCUUUAAACUUGUUACUGAUAAUAUUACAACUCGCAAGCCUCGUUCCCUUCUUUGGGUGGUUGGUUUUGUAACGUUUUUUCUAAGUUCAAUCCUUGACAAUCUCACUUCUACAAUAGUCAUGGUUUCCUUAUUGAGGAAACUUGUACCUCCAUCAGAAUACCGAAAGUUACUUGGUGCUGUAGUUGUGAUAGCAGCAAAUGCUGGUGGAGCAUGGACUCCAAUUGGUGAUGUAACAACUACUAUGCUUUGGAUACAUGGCCAAAUAUCUACAUUGCCUACAAUGAAGAGUUUAUUUGUGCCUAGUGUGGUUUCUCUCGCAGUGCCUUUGGCCCUCAUGUCCUUCUCCAGUGAAGUUAAUGGAAAGGGGCAAAAUACAGAUGAUGUUUUAGCUUCGGAACAAAUGGCGCCACGUGGGCAACUUGUUUUUGCAGUAGGAAUUGGGGCAUUAGUGUUUGUUCCCGUGUUCAAGGCUUUAACUGGUUUACCUCCUUAUUUGGGUAUGCUAUUUGGGCUUGGAGUUCUUUGGAUUCUGACUGAUGCUAUCCACUAUGGUGAAUCCGAAAGACAACGCUUAAAAGUACCUCAAGCUUUAUCACGCAUUGAUACUCAAGGAGCUCUUUUCUUCCUUGGGAUCCUUUUGUCUGUUAGCAGCCUGGAGGCGGCGGGGCUUCUUAGGGAAAUCGCAAAUUACCUUGAUGCCCAUAUUGCAAGUAGUGAGUUGAUUGCAAGCGCAAUAGGGGUAGUUUCGGCAAUUAUAGACAAUGUUCCACUUGUGGCUGCGGCAAUGGGGAUGUACGACCUUUCCUCGUACCCACAAGAUUCCCAAUUUUGGCAGUUGGUUGCAUUUUGCGCGGGCACUGGUGGGUCCAUGCUUGUUAUCGGGUCGGCUGCUGGUGUUGCUUUAAUGGGAAUGGAAAAGAUCGACUUUUUUUGGUAUCUAAGAAAGGCAAGUGGAUUUGCUUUUGCGGGUUAUGCUGCGGGGAUUGCUACAUAUUUAGCAACUCAGAAUUUACAUUUUUCUCCCACGGUUGUUGCUAGUUUGCCAUUUGUCUCGGGUUCAUGAAGUGUUGUGGUUAAGAUUUAAUAUGAGAAAGCCGGUUUUGGUGAGAAAUUGAGAAUGUAAAGAAUGUGGUGAUGGUGGUUUGGGGAAAUAGAACUUACUACCACAUUGAAUCAAUGGUAUAUUGUUGUGUUAAAAGAUGUUAGAUGGAAAUUUAAGGUUGUAAUAAUGUUAGUGAGACCAAUGUCUAUAUUUUUUGUCUUUGUUACUUGUCACAUUAUACCCAAAAUGUAAACAAAUAGUAUGGAAUGAGACAGGGUAAUGGAAUAAGUCAGUUACAUUUUGUAGUCA